AUGAAAGAGCUGCCGAAUGUUGAAGUGCAAAUGGUGGACUAUACUUGGAAGCUUCCAUUCUUGCAACAAUUGCAGCUCACUCACAACUCGGAUAUUUUCAUGUCAAUUCACGGCUCUGGACUCACCCAUUUGCUCUUUUUGCCCGAUUGGGCUGCCGUUUUUGAAAUUUAUAACUGCGAUGAUUCCAAUUGUUAUUGGGAUUUGGCGCGGCUUCGCGGUGUCAAGUAUUUCACUUGGCAAAAACAAGAAUUGUUAUGGUCUGAUAGUGUUGGAAGACAUCCGACUCGGCCAGAAGAAGAACACAAGAAAUUCACGAAUUAUGGAUUUGACAAGACGGAAUUUAUUCGCAUUGUUAAACAGAUGAUCGAUUAUGUUCGACGGAACCCGAAAUUCGUGGCCAAGCAGCGAAAACUUCGGAGACUUCAAAAAGACAAAGAAAACCUUAAAACUGAACUG